AUGGUCGUUCCGAAUCGCCGAUGGUACCUUGGAGCGAUGAACACAGCACGCGCCGCGGUUGCUCCGUACCCCGUCAAACUAUUGCUGCUUUGCGCUGUACUCAACAUCCAAACCCUUCAUUGCUUUGGUGGUGAAAAGGAGUCCCUUAACCUGAGUGGCACCAAUGAGAGCGCGGCCAACAGCAGGCGUGCCCGGUCCGUGAGCACCUCACCGCAGCCCCGUGACUGCGUGCUCUCUGCCUGGUCCUCAUGGAGCAGGUGCGAUCCCUGCCAAAAGAAAAAGUACAGGUUUGCCCGCCUGGAACAACCUUCUCAGUUCAACGGAGAUCCGUGUGAUUAUUCUGACAAAGAAACAGAAGACUGUGUUACAAAUAAUCCUUGCAGGAAUAAAGUCAGGUGUGAAGGUUUUGUGUGUGCAGUUACAGGGAGAUGUAUUACACGGAGGCUGCUUUGUAACGGGGAUGAUGACUGUGGGGACCAGUCAGACGAAAAAAACUGCAAAAAAGUGUUUAAAAAAUGUGACCAGAAGAUGGAGCAAUACUGGGGAAUAGAGAAUCUGGCAAAAGGGUUAAAUAUCUUCACAAACAGCUUGGAAGGAUUAGUUCUUGAUCACAGGUACUAUGCUGGGGGAUGUUCUCCCCAUUAUAUUGUGGACACAAGAUUCAGAAAGCCAUACAACAUAGAAAGCUACAUUCCAGAGACCAAAGGCAAAUAUGAAUUUACAAUGACUGAAUAUGACUCCUACUCAAAUUAUGAAAGCAGCGUCCUGAAGGCAAAAGCUUCGCAGUCUAGCUUCAGCUUUGGCAUAAAAAUACCAAAAAUGUUUGAACUUGGUUACAAUUCUAACGACAACAGGUUCAAGAAGUUCAUUCAACGGAUGAAAAGAUUUUCUUCAACUUCCAGCAAAUUCAUCCAUGCCCGUUCAGAGCUGGCUGUUGCUGUUUACAAGCUGAAGCCCCGAGCCCUGAUGCUGCAUUACGAGUUCCUGCAGAGGCUCCAUCAGCUUCCAUUGGAGUACAGCUACGGGGAGUACAGAGAGCUCUACAGAGACUACGGGACCCAUUACAUCAUGGAGGCUAUCGUCGGUGGCAUCUAUGAAUAUACUUUAGUCAUGAACAGCAAUGAGCUCCGCAAGGCAGGUUAUUCUCUGAGCGAUGUCCAAAAAUGUGCACAGCGUGACUUUAGCAUUGGAGGAAAUAUUCGUUAUGCCUACGUGAAGCUUGGAAUAACUGAAGCCGGCUGUAAAUCUCUUUUAAAAGAGAUUGGAGACAGCACCUCCAAAAAACAGUACGUGGAAGAUUUCAUCGCUCUCGUUCGUGGCGGAGCAAGCGAACACGUUACGGCGUUGGCUUACAAAAACCUGCCGACGGCUGCGCUCAUGCAGGAGUGGGGAGAUGCUGUGCAGUACAACCCUGAAAUCAUAAAGCUAAAG